CCGUGCCUGGAAUUUGCUUGCCCUCCCUUUCUAUCCUGCAUCCCAGCAAAGGGGAAGCAACUUCCAGCGCUCUAGGAGUCGGUGAGGAGGGGGCUUUCGCCCCAAAUCCGCGGUCCUUUCGGAAACUCCCUGUCUCGAGGCCAACAAGAUUUAUCCAACAUGGGAGUCAGCCGUGGCUGUUUACUCUGUGUUAAAGUGAAGAUGUUUGUCUUCAAUCUCAUCUUCUGGCUGGGUGGCUGUGGAGUGCUUGGAGUAGGAGUGUGGCUAGCCGUCACCCAGGGCCGCUUUGCUACCUUGUCGUUCUCCUUCCCAUCACUGUCAGCCGCAGGGCUCUUCAUGGCGACCGGAGCCAUCAUCAUGGUUGUAGGCUUCCUUGGAUGUUUGGGGGCAGCCACGGAACAUCGCUGCCUGCUACUGACGUUCUUCCUGGUUCUCUCUACCCUCUUCCUGCUGGAAGUGGUUGGAUUGUUAGUUUUUGUCACCUGUCGGGACAAGUUUGACAGAUAUGCCCAGUCCAACCUAAAAGAGGGUCUUAAGUUGUACAACACUGAGGGCAACCUGAGGUUAACCAAUGCGUGGGACCAUGUGCAGGAUCAGUUUCGCUGUUGCGGGGUGCAGAACUACACGGACUGGUUUGAGGUGUAUAAUGGCACCCGGGUUCCGGAGUCCUGCUGCUUGGUGCACUCUCCUGCAAGUACCUCUUGCCAAGCUGACUACACUACCUGGUGGAAAGAGCCCUGUUAUGAGAAGGUGAAGCGCUGGCUGGGGGAGAACAUCUCUGCAAUGGGCAUCUUUGCUGCCUGCAUCAUUGUUGUCCAGGUCUUGGGCAUCGUCUUCUCCAUGCUGAUGUACUGCCAGGUGCGGAGGGCAGAGAAAUAUUACAACUGAGUCUGCUUCCGUCUUGGAGAAGCAGGCACAGCUCUGAAGAAGCAAGAAGGGCAUUUCUGGCUCCACUGGACAACUUUUGCUUUUCCUACCCUCUCCCCUCUGUCCUCUUGUUCAAGCCUUGUGGCUUCUGUUAUAGUUCAUGUAUCCUCAACUCGGCUAGGAGAGCUAUUUUAAACCUUGGAAGAAUAACCCUUUCCAGUCUCUCAUCUUUGCCCUCUCUAUUUUCAAGCUGAAGUUAAUUUCAACCCCCAGCAGAGGCUUAAUUUGAUCCUCCUAUUUUAUAUCAUGACCUCUCCCACUUCAACUCUGUUGCAUUUGUAUAUAACAGAACUAUACCGAGCACCAAUAAAACAAUCGAUACCAUUUA